CCCGCCCCCUCCCUCCCUCCCUCGGCGACGGCGUCACCCGCAGUUGGCACAAAAAAGAUGGUGGCUGCGAGUGGGGACUCCGCUGAGCUCGUCUCGGUGCGACACUGAGAAGAAGGAAAAUAAAACCUCGGGCGAGGUUUCACCUCGCCUUCUCCUCCUCCUCCACCACCACCAACCAACCAACCACCCUCCCUCCUCCAACCCCGUUCGCGCCGCGACUGAAUGAGCGAACUUAAAUGCCCGAUGCAGUAAAGAGGAGAGAAUCGCGCGUCGUUUACAGAGGCGGCUCGGAGGAUCGCAAAGUGUGUUUUUUCUCCGGGUUCUGCGGUUUAACCCCACGAAGCCAAACGCCGAUGGUGUGGGCUACGCAUCCCAAUUCAGCAGGACCCUCCUGAAAAAAAACAGCUUGAGCAAGGCUUUCUUUGGGGCAGCAUGGCGAGCUCGUCCGACAGUGAAGAGGAGCCCUACUACCCCGACUCUGAGGACAUGCAGGAUGUGAGCCUCCCACUCGGCGGCGUGGCCGAGUGGCCCGGCGCUACCGCGGCGAUGGAGGCAGGUGGGGAGGCCAUGGAUGUGGAGGAGUCGGCCGACAGGCCAGGCCUGGGGGUUUGUGGAGCGGUGCAGCAGCAGCACGAGCGAUCGGUUUGGGAGCUCCCGGAGGAGCUCCUGGAGUACAUCCUGGCAUUCCUGUCUCCCUACCAGCAGCACAAGACGGCCGCGCUUGUGUGCAAGCAGUGGCACCGCCUCAUUAAAGGUGUUGCACGGCAGUGCUACCACGGGUUUAUUCGAGCUGUGCAGGACGGACGCAUUCAGUGGGAGAGUCGUACAUACCCCUAUCCCGGCACACCCAUCACGCAGCGCUUCUCUCACAGUGCUUGCUACUACGACACAAACCACUCCAUGUACGUGUUUGGGGGCUGCACGCACAGCAGCUGUAACGCUGCCUUCAACGACCUGUGGCGGCUCGACCUCAACAGCAAGGAGUGGAUCCGACCGCUGGCCUCUGGCUCGUACCCAUCCCCCAAAGCGGGCGCCACAUUGGUGGUACACGGGGACCUGCUGGUUCUCUUUGGAGGAUGGACACGGCCCAGCCCUUACCCCCUGCACCAGCCUGAACGAUUCUUUGAUGAGAUCCACACCUACUCUCCCUCCAAGAACUGGUGGAAUUGUGUUGUGACUACACAGGGGCCACCGCCAAUGGCCGGGCACUCGGCCUCUGUUAUCGGCAAUAAGAUGAUUGUUUUUGGAGGCUCCUUGGGAUCCCGGCAAAUGAACAACGAAGUGUGGGUGCUGGACCUGGAGCAGUGGGCCUGGUCACGGCCUGCUGUCACCGGCACCAAACCUCAGCCUCGUGGAGGCCAGUCCCAGAUUGUGUUGGAUGAUCAGACAAUCCUGAUCCUAGGUGGCUGCGGAGGCCCCAAUGCUGUGUUCAAGGACGCAUGGCUGCUUCUGCUGGACGUGCAGCCUUGGCACUGGCAGCAGCUGGAGGUUGUCAACGAAGAGCACUGCGCUCCCGAGCUCUGGUGCCACCCUGCAUGCAAGGUGGGAGAUUGCGUGGUGGUGUUCAGCCAGGCACCGAGUGGGAAGGCGCCGCUCAGCCCCAGCCUGCACUCACGCCCAUCGCCCAUCAGCACCAGCCCGCCCGCCGUGCCGGCGCCCAUCCGACUGGGCGACCACAAAAGCCAGUCUCCCCGCCGCUCGCCACGCGAGCCCGAGGAGGAGGCGCAGUGUGUCAACGGGCGCUGGGGCACGCUGCGGCCCCGCGCACAGCGCAGCCAGCCCGGUGGAGACUCGGGUAGCUCGGCGGGUUCCAGCCCCGAGUGCGCCCCUUCGAUCGUAGAGGACCGGAGCCCCAGGAAUUCCUCCAGAGAGGAAGAAAACUACAUGUGCCCCCCAUCGGUGGGGUCCGACCUCUUGUCCAGCCUCACCCCACCUCGCACAGCGCAGCCCACGGACCCCGUGCCGGUGACCUCCUCCAUUGUGCGUGAUGACUUGCGAGCUCACCCUGAGCGGCCCACUGAUCACGUUCGGUCUAGCUCGGAGCCGGCCGCAUCGAGCGCCAGGAUGCCGCUUCCUGGUGCGGGGCGUCUCCUCUCGGGGCCCAGUAGGGAAGCAAUAGCGACUGAGGCCGGCGAUGGCUUGGCGGACAGGCCGCCCCUUUAUUCGGCAGAAACGAGCUACGCCUACAACUACGGCCCCGUAAAUGAACGGUCCGCAAAGUGUCCACCCGACGGCUCGUGUAACUUCUCGUCCAGUCCUCUGAGAAAGCACCAGAAGCCGCCCUGGCAGGACCGUCCCAAUAACGCUCCGGGGCACAGUUUGACCGAUGACGCGAGGAUUCAGAUUUGCGCGAGCCAUAGCGGUGCGACGGCACCAGGCGGCCUCGGAGAGAAUGGUGCGAGCAGCGUCAUCUCCGGGCUGCUGAGCCGCCCCGCCUCGUCCGGAUUCCACAAACACCGCAACCCAAACGCCGCUUCCAGGUGUAACGGGACUCAAGACACCGCCGCCGCCUGCGAAAGGUCAUCUUUCAACACAUCCGAACGAGACGCCUGGCACAGACAGCUUGACGGCGCGAGGUCCGGUCUGUCCUCUCCGCAAAUGAACGGCUUGCACAGGUAUAUGGCCGCAGCCUCCGAACGGCACAGCGUUCGCAUGUUAUCGGCAGAAGCAACAUCGGGGUUUGAUGUGCCUACCAAAGGCUGGAGAGAGUGCCCGGUCGGCAGCCAAUCUACCUCGUCGACACACAAAGUGGCCUCAACCCUCGAGAAUAAACACGCGGCCUCCAGCCCUACCCUCAACGCCGGGCCGAGAGCGGCUUUGCUUUCAUUUGAUAACGAAACAUCGGACAAUUCUCGGUCAGAGGAGGAUGUCAUGGUGACUGUGAGGCGAUCAGGACUGGGUGCUGCUGUAUUUGGUGCACAGAGACACGCAGCAGACGGGUCAGCGGCAGCAACGGCUAGAUUUGGAGGAAGUGCGUUUGCAUCCGCUAACAACAUGGGCCCAAAAAUGAUGUUUGGCAGAGGCAGGACUGAGUCCACUAACCACAUGUCCAAAAGGAAAAACUUUGCCUCGGACUCAUCCCUAAGAAUAUCGCCAUCCCGGAUGAGUUCUCUCGGUAGCGAGGGCAGAUUCAGGGAAGCACUGACUGCCCGGCAACAUGAUGACGCAAACUGCGGUAGCUACUCCGUCAGGGAUGGGCAGGACCACAGGCUAUCAUUUGUGUGCCGACCGGAAUCGCCGAGUUGCGAUUUGUCCAGCAUGGACAUGGUGGGCCGGAGCUCCACUACGCUGUCUGCCGAGACGAAGGGACUCUCCGCCGACGUUCUCUCAGCUGCUCUACGAUCCGUGGGAACCUCGGUAUCAGUCGCAGAUAAAUCCGGGUCUGUUGGUGAGUGUGCGGCUCAUAACGACAGGAUGGAAUCUGGUGUAAAUGUGAAUGGGUCUGCUUCGGCGGUGGCUGCUGCUGCUUCUGUUGCUGCUACCCACAGCCCCACCGAAGAUGAAAUGGCACCAGCCGCAAGCUCAACUGAUGCAGAAGCAGCAGCAGCAGAAGCAGAGUCCGCCACAGGACCCAUCCAAAGCAGCGCGCCGGGAGGAGCAGCAGCAGCAGCAGGAGGUGGUGGCGGCGGCGGCGGCGGAGGCGGAACAUCGCGCUCCUUCCAGAACCUGGCGCAGCGCCUGGGAGCGCCACGCCACCAUCCUCACUCGCUGAGCCUCGGCAAGCCGCUCUACCAGAGCCUCAACUGCAAGCCCAUGCGCAUGUACGUGCUGGAGGUGGGGCAGGCACGCUCGAGCAGGCGUGUGGCUUGGAAGGGCCUGUCGUGCCGCUCAGUGGUGGGGCCACCCGAGACCAGCCUGCACACGGUGGUGCGCGGCCGAGGGGAGCUCAUAAUCUUCGGCGGGCUGGUGGACCGCAAGCAGAACGUCAAAUACUAUCCCAAAACCAACGCCCUGUACUUCGUUAGGGCCAAGAGGUAACAGUGAGGUGGUGGUGGUACCCAGGCAACGGCGAUGUUCCCCCACCCCCCCACCCACCGUCCCUUUGCCGCCUUUUGUGUAUGCCGGUGGUCCGUGGAUUGGUGCUGCUUUUUUUUUGACGUCAUCUUUUUCAUGGAAGUGUUCUUUCCGCUGAACCUCGCCCAUGGAAUCUCGUUAUGAAUAGGAUUUUAGGAACUAAUGAAUUCGCAUUUUGUUACUUUUCGUUAUUCUGAAGUGCAGUUUUUUUCACGUGCGCCGUGACGUCCAUCGACCCGUGUACAACGUCGACGUUUACCUGUUCGUGUUCAUUUUUGGUUUUGGGUUUCUUUUUUUCUCCUGCUUUAAAAAUUGCUGCAUACGGAAUUACCGUUUUGCUUAAGGGGGGUUUAGCACUGGCUCGUUUUGAAGCCUGCACUGGAGGGGUUCGAUGUUUCCGGCGGUAGCAGAUUCUCUCUGUGUUGUUUCUCUGUGCCAUUGAUAUGCAAUAUUAAAAAAAACAUUUAUUGAACGGGACAACCUUACUUCAUAUUUAUGGUAAUCUUUAAUUUAAAAGAAAAACACUAGUUUUGCCUUCAUUUGUCGAGAGCAAAAUGCAAACGCACAAAGCCCCCCUGCACAGCUUGGAAACGGUGUUGAAGUAAUUAACGCAGUUGGUUGUUGAUAAAUGUGAGAGCAGUUGUUAAUUUUGCUUCAGAACCCUUUCAGAUUUUGUUUCUUUUUAUCCCAAUUUCACAUUUUUUGCCAUGACAGAAAUAUGAAAAUAGUGAUAAUUUAGUCAUUUUGCCAAUCCACUUCUGGAUUAAGGCCUCCGCAAUCCUUGUAUGUUUUGGAGGUUGUGCGAUAGUUCUUCACCACACUGGGCAGCGUGGGUUUAUGAAGCGAAGAGGGGCGGGGGGGAGGGUCAGGACCCACUCACUAUGGAUGUUAGCUGCGGCCAGGAAUCAAACUCAGGUCGCUGGGUUCAUAGUGUGGUGAGCAAACAACCGCGCCACUGCCCCCCUCCACAGAUAUAUCCUUUCACAGUUCUCGCAGCAUGGACUGCAUCGCACGCACCCUGUCAGGAAUCAAUCCCUGGAUAAAUGUCACUAAUAUUUUUGAAGUAACCUCACUGAUGCACAAUAUUCAACUUAAAUUGUGUACACUUAGACUGUAGAUUGUUGAAUACGUGAAACGCUAAAAAAAGUUUGUACAAGGAGCUGAAACAAGUCGCGUAAAGUGAAAAGCCAAAUUUAACGCGAUAAUUUUUCGCGCAAUAAUUUGCGACGAUGCCCGAAAGACUUCAACUCGACGACACUCGACCAAUGUGGUUUCAGUGUGGGGCGGAUUCCCAGAGUCACGGUGGUGGUGGGCUUUAGAUAUGACCAUUCGUACUACAGGCCAUCCACAUUGCUCGUGUUCAACCUCUUCAUCAGACAAUUUCGUGACGGCUGUACUUUAUAAGAUGGUGCUAAGUUGUGUGUUGGAUUGGCAGUGUCAGCAUGGAGGAGGGAGAGCCCCAUUCUGUCCUAGAGUAUAGUGAGAUCCGUUAACGAUAUUAGGUGGACUCUCUUGCCUUUGCCGACGCUGUGAUGAUGGUGGAAGUUUGAAACUUGUGAACGCUUUGAUCACACACGGUACAAGCUUGGACAUCGAGAUGCAACAAAAAGAGUCGAUGUUUAACUUAAAAUAAAAAAACACACAAUUCAGCCCCCC